GUUGAACUCCAAGCUGCUAACUGAAUAGUUGGUGUGUGCAGAGCAAUGCAGAAGUAAUAGUAUAAUGACCAUAACACGUGAUUUCUUGGUAAACAUGAAUCAUGUGGAUCACACCAUGUGCAGGGGAGUGGAAGAUAAAUGAAUCCUAUUAGCAGAUAACAUGUGUUCAUCAGUAUUUGUGUGGAAUGUCUAUAGAGAACAAACUAGCAAAUGGAUAAGAAACAAAUUGGACCACAAAUCAAACUGUCUAAUCUGAGCAUGGCGACAAUGAGGAAAAUGGCUUCCAUAAAUCUGUAGAAGGAUUUAAAAAUACUAAGACUUGAUCGAUACGCGGUAAACUACGAUAAACCAGAUUUUAGGGAUUCCCGCUGUUCAAACUCGCUCUCGAUCUUCGUGUCGAAAGUGCGAAUCGAUAAUCAAUCACUACGUUAGCCUGUAUCUACAGCACAGCCGAUCUCUCAGAACCAUAAACAUAUAAACUCGUUUACUGCAGCAGGUUACAUGUCUUUGCAGUUCAGAGACUAUCACCAACAUUUACAAUGGAGCUGACCGGAGAGCAGCUGAAAGACGCAGAGACCCAGCUGAGAAGACAUCUACCACGGUCACUACUGGUGUACGGUAAUUUGGUCCUGUUAAACAGAGUCAGCUCAGACCCUGUCCAGGUGUUGGUGGACACAUGGCCACACUUCACUGUGAUUGUCUGCAGACCAACGCAUGUGCAGAAAGGUGAUCUCUUCAAAGAUAUACUGUUUUUUGCAAUGGAUGAAGCUCUUAUGGAGGAAACAUUACGAAAGUCCUCUAUCCUUGAUUGGACCAGGUUUCUUUGUCUUGCAAUCAGCCAUCGGCACCUGGAGACAUUCAAUGCAGUGGCAUCAGAAAAACACGUGUCCAGCAAAAAACUGGCAGUGUGUCACAUGAUGAUAUUAGAGGAUAUAUCCAAGCUUCCCUCUGUAGACAGCUCAGGAAUGUCCCUCGGCUCUCUGGAUGAAUCCCACGUUUGCUGCGUGAGUCAGACGUGGAAGUUUGCAAAUGAUGACGAGGCUGUGGGGAUGAUCCGCAACAUGAUCACAAACUUCCCCUCCUGCUGCGUGCUGGAUGCACAACGUAGGCCAGUGUCCUGGAUCCUGACCUAUGCCUCGUGUGCCAUGGGAAUGCUGCACACUCUGCCAGAGCACAGGGGCAAGGGCUACGCCAAAGUCCUCAUCAGCACCAUGGCAAAGAGGCUCCACACUCAGGAAUAUCCAGUCUACUGCUUCAUAGAGGAGGAGAACCUGGUCUCCUACAGGCUUUUUAAAACCAUGGGCUUUACUGAAGAUCCCACAUACAGGCAGGCCUGGGUGGCAUUUAAUGAACAGCUCAGUGGAUGGUAACAAAUACAAAUAUUAUAUAUUCUAAAUAACUGAUGGACUUUAGAGAAACAAAUUAAGUUCAGCUAAUUCAUUUGCACAUUGAGCACAGAAAAGGCAGGUAAACAAGUCGUUUAAAAGCUGAUGGUUUUGUCCUACAGCAAUUGUUAGAAGUUAAGUUGCCUUAAACUGAAAAACCUGCUUCAUGGAAAUGCACUCGCAUAUCUCUCUUCAAACACCUCAUUUCUUUUCUGAAAAAUCCAUUGACGUAUGACUGGAUCUGGAAUGAAAAGAAGGAAUCGUAAUGUCAAAAACAUCUGUAUAUAUGCCUGUUUAAUGACAUUGGCAUUUUUAUAAUUACAUUUAUUUCUGACUAAAAUCGAUCCUGCAUUAAAAACUGAAAUAAU